AUGCCACCUCCACUGUGCAUCCCAGUCCCUGGUCAAGACUGGGGUAACGCUGAUGCUGGCUUGAUCCAGGAUGGAAUCAACUACCUCUCGGGCCUCCAAGGCGGUUGCUGUGUCGGACCCACCUCUUGCGUGCGCAUCUCCUGCUCCUGGAACUCUGCCAUCUUCUUGUGCAACGAUAACGGCUACACUAUUUGUCCCAAUUGCGGUUACCUUGCGACCUAUGCAAGCGAUAUGAUCAAUGAUUGCUCUUCAUGGAAUGGAGGAGAUAGUAUCAUAGUUGGUGGGCAGUUGUUCGAUUCGGAUCACUACAACAUCAUUGUGAGAUGGGACAGCUGCUAG